CGGAACCGCGAGUAUAUGUGUGCAAGAUUUCAUCAAAGUUUUUUUUUUUAUGCGGGCUAAACAAACUUUUUCUACGGCGCCAGUAUUCAUCAAGCAGUCAAGAGAAAAGUCAUGACACUACAAGACAUUGUUAAAUUUCUUCUUUGUAUCAUUUUAAUUAAUCGAUUUGAGACUUAUGCUAAACAACAUUUUCACAAUGACACAAACAUUAAAAUAGAUUCACGUGCAUUUCUUGAUUUUAUACUUGGAAGAGCCAAUUUCUGCGGCGUUUGUUUAUGUGGACGCUCCAAUAAAUAUGGUGCUCGAUUUUUGGGUGGAGAAUAUACAGAAUCACACGAAUUUCCAUGGCUCGCGAAUAUUUUAAUUAAAUCAAAUAUUCUCAUUAGUGGGGUUUUGAUUAAUAAUCAGUACGUUUUAACUGCAGCGAGUCCGCUUGUUAAUUCAACGCCACAGGAAGUAAAAGUAUCUUUAGGAGAAUAUGAUAGAUGCAAUUUGGAUAUUUCAUCAAUAAACAUAAGUGUGGAACACAUAUACAUACAUCCGGAAUUUAAUAUUGAAUCAAAAGCUCAUGAUUUAGCUUUAAUUCGUUUUAGUCGUCCGAUUAAAUUUGAAAAAAGAAUUUCACCUAUUUGUUUGCCAAAUGCAGGAUUCACAUAUAUAGAUCAGGUUGGAACAGUGAGUGGAUGGACCGUAAGUACAACAUCCGCGGAAAUUAAUAAUCGAACAUGUAGACCAAGAAAAAUGGGUCUUCCAAUAAUGGGCAAAAAUGAAUGUAUAAAAUCUGGAGUCAAUGCUAUUAAUUAUCAUGAUGAUAGCGGAUGUAUUGGAAUCGUUGGAGGAAAUUCAAUUAUUUGUAAUAACGAUGCAGGUAUUUCCGUGCUUCAUAGAUCAUAUUUCCAGGUUCACGACAUUAUUGGUAUUUUUUCUGAUGUUAAUGAAUGCAAUGGUGAACCGCGAGCUGCAGUUUACACAAGAAUUGGCCCGCAUCUCGAUUGGAUUUUACAACAAACAAAAGAUGCAUGUUAUUGUUUAAAAUAAGAUAAAAUGAAUUUAAUUAUAUUUUUAAUUAAUUCCCUAUAAUGAAUAUAAAUAUAUAAUCAAUUUUUUUAUAAAAUGCAAUAAACACAUAAAAUUUAUAGAAUAAAAAAAAAUUAAUAAUUGUAAUAAUCUGUUACAAAAAAAAAAGGAGUGGAAAAUUCUAUUGAUUUUUUUUUAUUAUAAAAUUGAAAUUAGAAACUGAUCGACAUUAAAUCUUCGAAAAGUAACUGUGAAGACAUCGUAUAUAUUGAAUUUAUUCGCAUCAUAAACAACUCAACGUCAGAUGCUGUUGCUUAUAUAUAGAUGGCAAAGUAGUUUAGAUCGAACAUUUGCGGUAACUCUUUUCUCAAUUCACGACGAGACAGUUUUAAUACAGUGAAUUUUAUCCCGAGAAUUUAAAAAUUGAAAUAAGAUGAACAAAAUUUGUGCACAAUAAAUGAGAAAUCAAUACUGUAUAAUUAUAAGUGUAGAAUAAAUAAAAAAUGAUAAAAAUAAUAAUUUAAAAUUA